AAUUGAAGGACAAGUACUUGUCUGACAUUGCAACCACCUGCUCCGCCUUCAAUUGUGUAGGCCGAAUUAUCUGGGGCCUGCUUGUUGACCACUUUUCUUACAAGGUAUUGGCAACGUUUUUUAUUUCCGCCUGUUUUAAGGUUUAUUUUGUUAUAAACUUUACAAAUUUAGAUUCUAUGAUGUAUUCAAGGGUGCGGUUUGAACCUCUUAAGGUUACUUGGCUUGUAAAUGCAUUCAGAAACAGCUGAGGGUUGCUAAACUGUGACGCAUGUUUUCCAUCAUUCAAAAUUUUAAAAAAUAAUUUCCUUGUACUUUCUUGUUGAAUUAUUUGUUUAGCUGGCAAAUGCUUGCUGUAUAAAAUUUAUAAAGAAACGGUCUUCUAUGUUUUAAAGUUACUUAUACUAACGCGCUUUCCUAGAGACCUCCUUGUGUUUUUGUUUGUGAGAUCUCGGUCACCUGACAAACGCCGCCCAUCAGGUCUUUCCACGCUCUGUAGACGGUUUUAUCUCUAUUUUGCGCUGGAGUGCACCGCUGAUGACGUGGUCUAGAUGCGGGCCCGACCACUGUAAAAUCAUUCGCCCCUCAUCUUAUGGGCAUUCAGCUUGCACCAAUAACCGGGUAGGUAGGUCACCUUAGUAGUAGUACAUGGGUGGAUAAGGCUGCUGGUUGGGCUCGAGGAAGAGCCCGUAAGGCACAACGGAACGAGUGAGUUCCGUAAGCACGAUCGGUGAGCGCCCCCUUCCAUAGUAACCAGUUAUGUUGCACAACCAUUUUCUUGUUCUUUCUGUCAUGUUCUAUUUAAUGGCUUCAAAAACUUGGGUGCACAUCAGGAUUUAAAUCAUGGACGGUGUUAAGUACUCGCCGGUACUGAAACGCUUCUGGUAGUUGAGUGAAGCAAAUGUUGCUGUCCGCGCUAGCGCAUUUGCCUUAACCAAAUUUAACGGUUUGCCUCAAGGAACGAAACUCUGCUACUGGAUAUUGUAAUGUGUAUGUGUAUGUUUUACGUUCCUUCAACCUAUGCUCGAGACCCGAAAACGCGAAAUGGUCGUCCAUGAAGUAGUUAUUUCUUUCUUGGGUUUCGGACUUUGGGGUGAAUCAUUACUAAGACUACCAUAGCGACUUCAAAAUUGCUUCUGGCGAAAGCUUUGUGGUGACAUUAAUUGUGCGAUCACCAGCUAGGUUCCGCUUUAUAUUCUUAUAAGUGAUGAUGCAUUUCAGUAAGCUCUGUGGUAUAAGUUACAAUACCAUUUUGCCGAGGAGCAUGGGCGAAGUCUUCCAGAUCCAAUUUCCUGGGUCACUACUCGAGAAGAACCACUACUUUGAGGCCGUUUGCACUUGGCAUGACGCGACAAGACACACAGAAGUAGUUGGAAGAUCGGAUUUCACCCUCACCCCCUUUAGCUGGCAAGCAUCAAAAUAAAAAGUUUGCCUACUGUCUCCCAUUAGUUGACCUUGUAUAAUAAAAGCGAGUCUCUUGGUUCUUAAUGGCUCUGCCAACGCGGAGCCUGUCUUACCGACUUAAGCAACCGGCAGCUGCCCGAUGCAUAAUUUUUAAUUGCCCUCUGUUCAGUGCCCACUGCUCUGGCUUCUACUCCAAUGGGGCAUCUUAUUCGUGACCUAUCCCUACGUCGCCGCCGGACCAGCGGGCCCUUACCUCUACGCUAUCUGGAUAUUCGCAAUUUUCUUCACACUCUCCGGUCACUUUGUCAUCAUACCCGCUGCCUGUACACGCAUUUUUGGACCACAAAACAUGGCCACCAUCUACGGCCUGGUGUACGCCGCAACAGUAAGUUAACAAGCAGCCUGUAUGAUUAUUUCUGGCAACUUGGUAGAUGUGCCAAAUCAUGAAGUGUUAACCGAAUUUUGAAAUUGGUUUUGGACUCGAAAAGACUACUUAAGUAGGGUUGUAAUAUUAAUCAGCAUGCACUUUAAUUCCAAAGUAUCUCAAUUACUUGGGGAUGCCGGCUUUUGAAGGAACCUCUCUCCGGCCACCUGCUUGAAAAUGACUGUUUAUGUAGCAUGAAUUUAUCUAGUUCACCUUUCAUACCCUUUUAAAUUUGAGCACAUUUCAUAGACAAAUGCACACAAGUAUUAAUUCCUUUACUCCUUUAGUAAAAAAUUACAUCUUUUUCAAAUUUUUUGCUUGAGGGAAGCGUAUAAUUCAACUUUAACAAAGUUUAUAAUUAUGAGAUUUUUCAAAAUCGUGAAAUGCCAGUUCACAAAACAUCGUGUCUCUGCAUUUACUAAUGUUAUUCGUAAAGUUUAUAAUAGGGCUUAAUCCCACUGCUAAAUUUUACGAACCGUUCAUGGUCUCCUCUUAGUAUCGUAUAGAAGUGCAUGGUUUUUAGUACACGGAAAUUAUACAGCUUCAAGUUCAGAAACCCUGAAUGCAAGUGUAACGGUAGGUCAGGCUCGAAAUUAUUCGGGAGUUGGAGAGAUUUUUAAAACUCUUCCCUCAGGAUGACCUAAUCAAAAAGGUUUCUCACACGAAUAAUCGCAAUUUCUGCGAAGACAGCAUGUAACCGUAGCUGGUGGACUCGAAACCAAUAAAUGUGGGCGGAAUGUGGUAUAUAGUCAGUUAAAUCAUAGUCCACCUUCAUGCCUAUCCCUCAUCUUUCCCCAGUGUCACUCUUAGUCUGCAUGAUAAAAUUAUUUUUCUUUGACGCAUUCAAGUCGUGUGAUGAGGCCAUAAUCCUUGCCCAAUCGAAAAUAAAUGUGGCGCAUUUCGCUUCCAGUAAGAAGUAGUUUGGUAAUGACGCUCUGAUCUUCACGGAAGAGAGUUAUUUCGUAAAGAUAACGUACUCGGAAAUCUUCUCCUAAUUACAACAUUUCGCGCGAUGACCUUGAAAAUUCAAUUAUAUUUCAUGGAAAACGUGCGUAUAAAUAUUCAUUCUUUUACUUAUUUGGUAAAAAAUCACGUCUUGUUCCAAUUUCACACUCAAAAGAAGAGUAUACUUCGGUUUUAAAAAACUUUUCUAAUUCCCGAAUAAUUUUGAACCCGACCUGCUGUUACACUUGCAUUCAGGGUUUCAAAACUACAAACUGUAUAUUUUCCGUGUACGGAAAACCAUGCAUUUCUCUACGGUGUUAAGAGGAGACCAUAUGAGGUUCAUAAAAUUAAGCAGUGGAUUCGAGCAAUAUUGUUAGCUUUACAAGCCACAUUCGUAAACGCAGAUACAUGAGGUUUCAUGAGCGGCCAGUUAACGGUAGCAAAAUAUCUCCCAAUUAGAAACCUUUUUUAAAACCGAAUUAUACUCUUUUUGAGUGUGAAAUUCGAAGAAGACGUGAUUUUCUACCGAAUAAGUAAAAGAAUGAAUAUUUAUAUGCAUGUUUUCCAUGAAAUAUAAUUGUAUUUUUAAGGGCAUCGAAAAUCAAUGAGAAAAUUGCAUACUACAUAAGUCGUCAUUUUUUGCAGCCAAAAAUAAUUUCUUCCGAAAGCCGACACCGUAAGAUAACUGGGUCAUUCUAGGUUUAUGCUGCAUCAUGAUUAGUUUUACAACACUACUUAAUUUAUCUUUUCGAAACGAGAACGCAUUUCGAAAUUUUGGUUGACAUUUCAUGAGUUAGCACAUCUACUGUACUCGGAAAUCUUCUCCGGAUCACAACAUUUCGCGCGAUGUCAGACGGUUUGACGAGACGAAAAUUGCACGCAUCUCUGAAAGACCAGAGGUCGAAGACUAACCAGACUGCCUACAGAAAUUAACGCAUGAACUUGGAAGAAAUUCUUUGAAACAAACCUCUUUAAAUUUGACGCCGACGGAGGAGAGAGGAAGCGACCACCUAGCUUUCCUUGAUGGUUUCGUCUGUCGUAUGGUUAUAGUGACCAAAAACUUAGGUGCUCAGAAAAGCGAUAAAUACGACGCCAGUACUGAGCUUCGACAGCAAUCACCCAAUCAGCCAUAACCGCAGUUGUGUGAAAGUGAUGUACCGGCUUCUGGAGGCGCACUGCAGUGAAUCGUAAGACAAGGGGGCUGACGGAUGCUCAGGCUGAAUGACUACCAAGCAAGUUUAUCCACCGCUGCAUGCGCAAACGAGACGAGCGUUCGGUGAACGCUGCCGAACGUCAAUACCGUCUUAAAAAACGGCCAAUCGUCUACUUGCACCCCUUCGAGGUGGGGUAGCGCACAUACCAGGCGCCAAGAAACGAGACCGAAAGAUCAAUUGCUCCAGCUUGGAAUGACUGAUGUCUUUCGAGGCUGAUGCAAUUGCAGGCCAAACGACUGCGUCAAAGGAACUGGGAGACUCCUGCCGACACGGAUGACCGAACACGCAGCGGCAGUAAUUAGGAUUGACAAAAGGUCUCAUACCGGGGUCCAUUCGAUUCAAUCAUCUUAGUAUUCUAAGAGUGCCUUUUAAUGGUAAUCAUUCAAACCCACUUUUUCCUAAUAUCUGUUUUGUCCGGGUGUCGAAAGUGAAGCGAAUAUCGCGACUCUGUUGUUGCUGUGCGUUCUUCCCUCGUCUUGUAUCCGAGCUUUACUGUUUUCUUAUAAGAAUAAACGGCUUCCUCACUCAUCGCAGAUGCUUGCACUUGGUGCGCUAACGGCCCGAGUGCCCUCAGCCGAGUUAUUGGACGGCGUCAGGUGCGCGUAUUCAAGGGAAAUAUCAACUUCUUCUUCCCAAAUAUACCAUUUACGAUGAAGGUGAGAGAAGACCACCAAUUAUGAUGUUUUCCUCUACCGAAGGGUUAAGACGACCAAGAGGCUAGAGAGUUCAACAAAGCGACGAAUACGACGCAUGUACUGGACUUCAAUAGCAGCCAACCAAUCAGCCACAACCAGAGUUGCAUGAGAGUGCUAUGUCGGUGUCUUGAGAGGCACUACAGGGUUGCUAGAGUACAAUAUCUUCGACGGAUGCUCAGGGCAUCAGCGCAGACCUUUCCACCCGUACAUGCACAAACGAGACAAGAAACAAAAUCUCACCGGUCCCAAUUUUUGGGUAGCGUUGUCGCACGCCAGGCACGUCUCAGAAGCCGCCAACUGCUUUCUUGCAUUCCUUCAAGGCGGAGUUGCACACAAGCUAGAGCCAACAAUCAGGCGCCAAGAAACGAGACCGAAAGAUCCACUGCUCCAGCUUGAAAUGACUGAUGUCUUUCGAGGCUGAUGCAACUGCAGGCCGAACGAAUGCGUCAAAGAAACUGGGAGACUACGUACGACGCGGAUGACCGAACACGCAGCGGCAGUAAUGAGGUUUUAUAUAUGGUCUCCGAUCUGGGUCCAUUUGAUUCAAUUAUUUUAGUAUUCUAAGAGUGCCUUUUGAUGGUAAUUAUUUAAACCCACUUUUGUCAAAUGUCUGUUUUGUCCAGGCGUCGAAAUCGAGACGAAUAUCGCAACUCAGUUGUUGCCGUGUGUUCUUCCCCCCAUCUUGUUUCCGAGCUUCUAAAAAAUAUUGAGUCGUAGACUGUGAGCACUAAAGCUGCCACAAUUAUUUCGCUGUUCUUCCUCUUCUCUUUCUAGGCUCCCAGCGCUCUUCUAGCGGCAGCUGUUAUCUCUCAAUUUGACGUGAAGGGCGCCUGGAUUGCUGUUUACACUGCCUGCGCCGUCUCCUGCUUUAUUGGUAAUGUUAGACCUUUUUCGGCAUUUGUUGCAACAUCUACUUUUACUCCACUCCUCUUCUAUUUUGUCGGAUCCGCCUCGGAAACCCCCAAAUGCUCUUUAAGUGAGGUGGGAUUCGAUUAUAUUUGUUUUUGUGUGAGAGAGAGGUAGAGAGAGGUGUAAUUAUCUCGGGACCAGUUGUUCAUUCGGUUGCUUGUGUCUCUAGGAGGCAGGAUAGUUGAUUAGUUUGUGGCCGUACUGAAAGAGCUAGGUAUUUGGGGACCUACAACCCUACUGGUCUGGCGUGUCUGACUCGACCUAGCGCUUCCGCAUAACUUCUUAAGAAAUCUAGCAGGCGAGGAAUCAGUUUUGGAUGGUGUACCAUUUAGAUGUCUGUAAUUCGACCCUCAUCAGAGCGUAGCGGAUUAACUGGGGGACUGGCAGACGGGUGUACUGGUUUGAUUUUCAUGGCAUCGACUCAUGUGAGAUCCCAGCCGCCCCCCCCCCCACCAUAAGAACCCGGUACGUGUAGCGGACACCUGGGUCGACUGUGGCAUGCGUAGACAGGCCGUUUGCCUUCUCCUCCACUGCGCCUCUACUCGCCCCCACCGCCGCCGUUGUUUUUAAAUCGCAGCCAAUCAGCGAGAAAGAAGAGUACAGUAGAUGCUGCGCAUGUCUGAUUCACCAUAAAGUAAUUCCCCAAAAGGUCACCACUACUGCACGCAGUGAACGUCCUCAAUUCUGACAGUCAAACAGUUGUCAGUACAAAAAGACGUUUCGCAGGCCAAAACGGCAUUUCAUUGGUCGGCAUCUGUUUCUGACGAGAUUGUUUUUUAGCUGCGACUCUCGGAAAAUAUGUUUUUUAAGUGUUUAUUCACCCGAAUAGUGCUUAAGAAGCAAUUUUUGUCAAACACUUCGUUGCCUCAGGCCAAGCACCAGUUUUUAGCAGCUCAAGUCACGGACAAAGUAUCCGGCCAGACAAUGACAGGAGUUUAGUGCGCGAUGCUGGUGUAUUCACCGUACCUGAAGUGUCCAUGCUCAUGAAAAGAACUUAUGAAGUUCCGGAUUCGUUUCUCUCCCAGUCUGGAAUACCUGGCGGCACAGUUCUUCCUGUUGCUUUCGCCUAUCAUCCGAAGCCACCGCUAGUGAUGGCGAAUUGCCACAAGGCGGUUUUGCCGUCAAGUGGACAUUCGGCUUUCUGCUGAGCUGCAAAUGUUUUUUAAAGCUAAAUAACGUCUUAGGGGAUCUUUGAUCCCGAUAUCUCUCAACUCUGUCAUCUGCGUGGUGACGACAGCGUCAGUCUUUGCUCAACCGAGGCUUCUCCAAGGUUUGAAAAGUUUAACCAGUAGUUUUUAAGCUCUCUGUGGGUCCGUUUUUUCUGGACAGCCCAAACAGCCGUCCUUGGGUAGUUUCCACACCCUCAUUUAUAGUUUUGUUUCCAAAAAUUCGAUCAAUUUCUCACCCCGCCCCCCUCCCUGAUAACAUUAAUGUUUUGAGAUCGUGAGCUACCUCGCAGCUAAAUUCGAAACUCCUACUUCCAUGCUGAAAAUGUCACAAUUUCGGUCUGGAGGGAGGUUGGCACGCUGGAACUCCUACGGCAGUCUGAUCACAUCCCAGAAUCAAGCGUUUGCUGCGACGUCCGCAAUGGCUUAGCGUCUCCUCACAUCUUAUCAGUCGUCAUAGGUUUAAGAAGACUCGCCGUAGAUCGUCUUUCCGUGCACUGUUGCGAGGUGACUGCAGAUUGCUAAGUGGAGAACUGAUUAAACCUUCAUGAUACCUGAGAAUGUCCUCAUCGCAUUCCCUGCAGAUUUUGCCACCGACGAUGACGCGUAGAUCGAGACUUAUAUUCAACCGACUACGUCUUCCUUCUCUCAUACUUAUCGUCCAUAUCGUAUUCCCCGUAGCGGCAUCUGCAUCCAGUCAACGCCAUUUCAGAAACGGGCUUGUCUUGCACCUCACAAAUCCAUCUGCUAAUUAUUGUUAACCCAUUGCCUCCCACUGUUUUCCUUUUUUCCAUGCACACAGCCUUCAUCAUCAGCCUCUUCCUCAAGGACGAACAGGUGCGCUGCGUGGGCUUCACCUCGGGGAUUGCACGCCUUUGUGACCGCUGCAGGGGCGAGCCAAUCAGCGAGGAGGCCGAGAUGGAGAGCCCCGCGAAGGUCGGGGUCGACGCGACAGGAGACAAGGCGAAGGAAGAAGAAGGAGAAACAGCGGUGCUUUAG